CAAUUUGGACACGCCCUUCUAUGCAAUUGCUAAUUUUUUUUACUCCAUCUGCUGACAGUCUGACACCAUUGCUCUAUCUCCAUAAAAUACAACUGAUUGAAACUUCAAACUAACUUGUUGCAAAAAAUUUAUUCACUGCCUUAAAAUUCAUCUUUGAUCAAGCUCUUUCCUUUGUUCGUUACUUUAUCUUGGCUCAAAAUCAGUUCAAUUGGGUCGUAUUCAUCUUUCAUUCUUGUUCUUGAACGGAUCAUUUUUGGAGAAAUCCAUAUGGCAAAGAUGGUUAAUGAUUCCAUUAAACCUCGAGAUGUAUGCAUUGUGGGUGUUGCUCGAACGCCAAUGGGUGGUUUUCUUGGUUCUCUCUCAUCUUUGUCAGCUACAGAGCUUGGUUCUGUAGCUAUCCGAGCUGCUCUUAAAAGAGCAAAUGUAGACCCAUCCCUUGUUCAAGAGGUCUUCUUUGGAAAUGUUCUCAGUGCAAACUUAGGUCAAGCCCCUGCUAGACAAGCUGCCUUAGGAGCUGGGAUUCCUAAUUCAGUGAUUUGCACGACCAUUAACAAAGUGUGUUCUUCAGGACUUAAAGCAACAAUGAUUGCAGCACAGACAAUACAAUCAGGAAGCAACGAUAUCGUUGUUACUGGUGGCAUGGAAAGCAUGUCCAAUGUACCGAAAUACCUAACUCAAGCAAGGAAGGGGUCGCGGCUGGGUCAUGAUACUAUAGUAGAUGGCAUGCUAAAAGAUGGACUCUGGGAUGUCUAUAAUGAUUUCGGGAUGGGCGUCUGUGCAGAACUAUGUGCUGAUCAGUAUAAAAUCACAAGAGAACAGCAGGAUUCUUACGCUAUUCAAAGCUUUGAGCGAGGAAUUGCUGCACAACGUAGUGGUGCAUUUGCAUGGGAAAUAGUUCCGGUAGAAAUUUCCGGUGGAAGAGGAAGACCAUCUACGUUUGUUGAUAAAGAUGAAGGUUUAAUAAAGUUUGAUGCCUCCAAACUAAAAAAGCUUAGACCAAGUUUCAAGGAGAAUGGAGGUUCUGUUACUGCAGGCAAUGCUUCCAUUAUAAGUGAUGGCGCUGCAGCAUUAGUUCUGGUGAGUGGACAAAAGGCACUUGAACUUGGAUUGCAAGUAAUUGGUAGGAUCAGAGGAUUUGCAGAUGCAGCUCAGGCACCUGAGUUAUUUACAACGGCUCCAGCUCUUGCAAUACCAAAAGCAAUUAAGAAUUCUGGCCUUGAGUCAUCUCAAAUUGACUAUUAUGAAAUAAAUGAAGCAUUCUCUGUCGUGGCUCUUGCCAACCAAAGACUGCUCAAUCUCAAUUCUGGCAAGCUAAAUGCUCAUGGUGGAGCUGUAUCGCUGGGACAUCCUUUAGGGUGCAGUGGAGCUCGGAUCCUCGUAACUCUUUUAGGGGUAUUGAAGCACAAGAAUGGGAAGUUUGGUGUUGCAGGAAUCUGCAAUGGGGGAGGAGGCGCAUCUGCUCUUGUUGUAGAGCUCAUGCCUAUAAGGAUGGUGGCACGUUCAUCACUUUGAAACUGGAAUAGUUUGUACUAUAUAUGCAUUUAGCUGCUGCACAGUUGCCUGCCUGCUGAGUUCUGCCACAUUGCAUCAAAAGUAGUGAGGUAUCUGAAUGCUUGUAUCCAUUAUAUAAAACCAUAGAAGCAAUAAGCUAAUAAUACCAUGAAAAUCGAGCAAACACUUGUUUUCCUUUACAUUUCGUAUAAUUAGCAGUUCUGCUCCUUUGUGUCACAUAAUCCUCCAUCAUCAAUAAAUGAAUAUUCAUUAGUUUUUACA